UGAGGCCCUUUACCUUCCCGGCCGGAGUUUCUGGGCUGCUUCCUCCGUGCGGCGGCGGUAACAGGAAAGGCGACUGCCGCUGCAGCACUGGCUGCUUCGCUAAUCCGGGCUCUGGGAAAUAAUUUCCCGCCGCGCGCUCCGUGGCCCCGGAAGCUGUUGUGCCACUUCCGGGUGGUUGUUAGUGACGCUCUCGAGCUGUCGUCAGGGUCGCCUCAGAGGAUGCAGGGCCUGAUGCUGGCUGGCGGGCCAGGCUCCUACUAGCUCGGCGCCGAAGGUGGGAGACUGGUGUCCUUUGUAUAUUGUGGAAAAAACUGCUGAAGCUACUAAAGAAAGGGCAGCUCUCCUACUGACAACUUGUAAGGAAAUAAUUUACCACCUACUUAGUAUGAGAAGACCAGCUCAUUCUUAGAGUCUUCUGAAACAAAAUUAGAAUGGAUUGGGGAGAUGAAUAUUCCCAUAAUUCUUUUGACCUACAUUGUUUGUUAAAUUCAUUUCCUGGAGACUUGGAGUUUAAGCAGAUCUUCAGUGACAUUGAUGAAAAGAUAGAGCAAAACGCUGGAAGCAUAGAACACUGCAUUAAAGAAAUACAGUAUGAAGUUAACAAACAAUGUCCAGAUGUGCAGCUACGAACAACAACUGACUGUUUUGAAUGGCUCAAUAAUUAUAAUGAUACUUCAUCCACGUCACCAUCCAUUCCCAAUGGAGAUUUGAUAAAAUUUCUCAAAACACUGCAAGAUUUGUUGAAGAAUGAACAAAAUCAAGAAGAAAUGGUAUUGGAUUUACUUUGGGACCUCUCCUGCCAGAGCAUUGUUUCCUUCCCGUCCACUCUGAGUGGAACAUCUUUCCAUUUCCUCUCUAGGACUUCUCUUCAUUCUGUUGAAGAUCAUUCCUCUAUGGAUGUAAAGUCUAUAUGGGAUGAUAUAAGACUACAUCUUCGACGCUUCUUAGUGAGCAGAUUACAAAGCCACAAUGAAAUAAACAUUUCACAGCAAAAAAUUUUGUUGAAAAAUCAGUGCAUACAACAAUUCCUAUUUCUUUAUCCAGAAUCAGAAGUUACAAUCAAGUACCAAAAUAUACAGAAUAAACUGUUGACUAAACUUCUGCGGAACUGUUUUCCUUCUUACAGCAGAGAAUCAAAUUUAGACAUAAUGGCUGUUGGAUACCAAGGUAUAAUGCUUCAGUUAUACUCAAUGAUAAAAGAGGAUUUUAACACACUACAUGAAAUUUUAGCUCCAUCCUCAACAGUGAAAUUCAUUAAAGAAACUUACCUGGAUACUGUUACAGAAGAAAUGGCAAAAUUUAUUCAAAAUUUUUGUGAGCUGCAGUUCAAAGGAAGUGCUAUCCGAGUGAUUAAAACAAGCAAGAUAUCCAGCAGGCAUAGAGGAGCAGUGCAUGCUUUGGUUACUCCUGAAUGCCCACAGAAUGGAAGAAACUUUUUCCUCUCCUUCGAUGAACUCAAGUUCUUAUCACAGCUCAUAAAAUCCUUUUUGAAGCUGGAAAAAAAUGUUCAGGAAUUGUUUGAAGAAAUGUUUUUAUGGCUCAAGAUACCCAGGAAUACUUCAGGAAUCUUGGAGCCAUCCAGUAGAGAAGUUGUAAUAGGGAAACCUAGAAUAAAUGAAACCAGUAUUCCUUCAGAGCAAUUGCUACCAGUAAAAGAGCCUACUUUACUAGGUUUUGGCUGGAGAAGUGCAUUUAAAGAAGUGUCUCUUCCCAUGGCACAUUGUAUAACAACAGUCAUUGAAGAUUUUUCGGCAAAAAUUCUCCAACAGGAAAAAAAUGAAAGGUCUUCAACCAGGAGCUAUGCUUUGAACCUUGUAAAUGUCCAGCAAGUUUGGCAGGAUAGCUAUGUGGUUCCUGAGGCAGACCAACCAAAGAAAAUUGCAAAGUUUUGUUCUGACAUCAUGGAAAAACUUGAUACAAUGCUUCCACUGGCUCUGGCAUGCAGAGAUGAUUCUUUUCAGGAAAUUAGAGCAAACUUUGUGGAGGCUUGUUGUAAAGUGGCAACAGCUGUCCUGGCCAGACUGAAAGAGAGAUGCAAGGAGUUUCCUUCCAAAUCACCUCUGAAAAACCUGCACACGCUCCUCUCCACGGCAGUGUAUGUCUUCCAGCAUUUUAUGCAAUAUGAUAAUUUGAUGAAAGAAAAUACUAAGAAACCCAUAUUCCUGGUGCCUGUCCAACGAUAUCAGGAAUUCAUCAACACUCUACAGUUUCAGGUUACGGACUACUGCCUCAGAGUUUGUGCUACAAGCAUUUUACAGGAUGCUGAGAGCCACCACUGGGAUGACUACAAAGCUUUUUAUGAGGGGGAAAGAUGCUCCUUCUCGCUCCAGAUGUGGCAUUAUUUCUUCUGGGCACUUCAUCACGAUCUCUGGACCAUUCUGCCCCCUAAGUUAGCCCAAGAGAUUCUAGCAGAAGUGCUGGAGAAAUCUUUGGGUCUCCUGGCAUCCAGAUAUGCUCAGGCCCAUCCCAGUUAUAAGAGAACUCCACAGAUAAGACUUGAUGUCACAACAAUUUUAAUAUGCACUGAGAACAUGCUAUGGUCAGUUUGCACAUCUGUACAGAAGCUUUUGAAUCCUCAUGAGUAUGUAGAUGAUAAAAUUUUUAAAAUUCAUACCCAUUGUAAUAAUCUCUUCACAACAUUAGUCAUUUUGACUUCACCAUUAACUGAAUUAUACCGGACUUUUCAGCAUGGCGUGGAUGAUUUUGCUUCAGAUUCCUUAAAGCCAUUUUUCAAACAACCAUUACAUUGGCUUUCUUGCAUAUCACAUUUCUACCCUUCCUUACUCAGGACUCCAUCAGCUGGACCACUGACAGCCGAGGGUCAAUUGAAACUGCUCUUAUCCCAGCCAGGUUGUAAUUGGAACCUGCUUCUGGAAACACUACUACAUCAUGAUGGUCUUUUACUGAGAAUCUUGCUAAAGAGUUCAAAAUGCACCUUUCAAGAGCAAGAUUCUAAUACAGAAAAUAAUCUGAACCAAGGAUCCAGCUUGACAGAAGCUAUCUUUAAAGUAUUGUACCACUGCAAUUUUUCUCCACAAACAUUUGGAAAUGUUUUUGUGAGCUACAUGGAAGAAGAACAAUUAUGGGACUUUUUAUAUAACAUUCCAGUCUCAACGUGCAUGGAGUCCGAGGUAGAGGUCAUCCGAUGCCUGAGACUAGCACUGACUGAUGCUGUCAAGGACAUUGUGCAGCAGAUAAUAUCUGUGAUGAGCUCUGGGAGAAACUGCGAGACAAACCUAAACAAGCACAGUGUUCCUGAACGUCUGCGUGAGAGCAUUCCGAAAGGCUGGAAUUAUAUUCCAAAAGAAACCAAAAGGAAAGAAUCAAGCACAGGCUUCACAAGGCUUGCUGCUCAGGCAGUAUCUAUUGUAAUCAGCAAGUUACCUACGGUGAUUGCAUGUUUGCCUCCCCCAAUUAAAUACUUCUUUUUUCUGUCUGAGAGAAAAAUGUCAAAAAACUUUGUUGAAUUGAAGAAAGCUGGCCUGCUUGUCUGGAACUUGAUUGUAAUUAUAUGUCGGAUAUUUGAGGAUGGAAACACUGUGGAACUUUUAACAGGUGCCUCCCUUGACAGAUGGAGUAAAGAGAAACUCGGUUUAAUCUGUGUGUGUUUGGAAAGCAUCAUGGGAGAGCAGACAAGUAGCCCUAAUCAAAUGACCCAAAAGGUCAUACGGAGCAUCGAGCAGCAAAAACCAAACUGGAUUGAAUGCCAGUUGUUGAAAGCGAGGAAACUGAGUACUGAGUGUGCGUUUAUGACAAUAGAGGAAGGCACAGCCUUAGAAGAAGGAGAUAUGGCUCUUGAACUGACUGAGCAGAAAAUAAACAUGAUGGUCCUGGAUAUCUGCCACAAACCAGGUGGCAGCGAGUACCUGAGGCAAAUUUAUCACAUCCUGCGGCUCAAUGAGGCAUAUUUAAAAGAACAGCUGUUUUCUAUGAAUGGUUCAGAGGAAAAGCCAUUACCCAUCCGACCUUUAAAGACAACCUUGAGGAGUGUAGAAGAUCACCCCUCUGCCUUUAACCCUUUCCAUGUGUACAAGGUGUUUAGUGAAAACAUGCUUGAGCAGUCAGCCAUCACAAAAUGGAACUGGAAUUGGUCAAACUUGCUGCCAGAUUAUCUGGGACUGGAUAAGAUGACCUUCAGUGUACUGUUCAAAAACAGAUGCUUUGGAAGUCAUUCUGAGUUGUGGAUUCUUCAUAGACAAAAUACAGAAGGUGGGAAAUGAGGAAGGAUGAAAGAGUAGAAGAGGAAGAAAAAGCAAUGCUGGAACAUCUAAAACGAAUGUGUGCCAUCCAGGACUCUUCUGCUUCAGAUAACACAGAGGAGCAGUAAUCUUCAGAAAACAGCAACAGUUUUAUUUUAAGAAAUAAUCACAUGUAAUGGAGUAGGAUUUUUACUCUAGUCAGAAUGAACCUCAGAUGUGCUGUGAAGCAUGAAACCAAUGACUGAGUAAUCUCUGAACUGAAAAGGAGUAUAGCAUAUAAAGAAUAAAAUGCUACAUAUUUUUUAUUUUAAAAAUAAUUUCAAAUGUUUUUCUUUCCUCAGGCUUUCUCUUAAUAUAACUGCUGCCAUCUCGCGUUCCCUUUGAAUUUUUUUUGUUACUUUCAGUCUUGAAGUAUCUAUGACAACAGGCAAAAUGUUUGGAAAUCUUUUCCUAAAGGAUUUUUAAAUACAACAUUUGGAUGUUAAGUUGGAGUCACAUAGGCCCCUGAGGGUCAUCUGAAAUUUUCAAAUUAAUUUUGUAGCCAUAGCCCAAGUUCAGGUCUUAAUUGCCUUUAAUACCCACCAAUGUACCAGUCUCCUUUCCCAUAGCCUCGUCCUCAUCCAAUUUAUUUUAAUCAGAGCCACAAAAAAGCACUCUCUUGAAGUAUAACUUUAGUAAUAUCUAUGCCAAUAGUGGUUUUUCAAACAGCAGAUUCAAACUCUAAUCAUAUGCCUUCCGAACCUAUACCCAGCAGUGCCAUGUUCAGUGAACUGCCUGUCAUCCGAGCCACGUGCUUGCCAUUUUUCCCAACCAGAAUCCAUCUUUCUCCCAAAAUCAUGUUCAAAAUUCACUCCAGCAAUCUCAUUAUCCAUAGUUCCAUAGUUUCUGUUACUUCUCUUAUUUCUAUCACAUUGGUACACAUGCACAUGAACACGUGCACACAAACACGGAGGAAAUGGAACGUGUUCUAGUGCUCUCUGUGCCAAGUAAAGUUGUGUUUACUGUAUUCUUCCUAUCAGUGUCUGAUAUUAGAUUUAAAAGACCCUGAAGUCCUUACUAUAUAAUAUGAAGUCUCCCUUUAUAACAGUAGUCUCCUCAAAUACCUACUAUAGAGUUAUUCAGCUCGUGGGCAGUUAAUAAACACAGUUGUUUAAAUGGCUGUCAUUGUAAGAAGACAGCAAAGACAACUAAACUGUUGAGCAAUCUACAGGACAUCUGGGAGAAGCCUUAUAUCAUGAACUAUUUUAGACCAUAUGACAUUGAACAUCAUUGUUUCUGAUGUUCUCAAGUUAUUCAUGUUCCCACAUUCUGUGAUUUUUAUAAAAUAUGUAUAGGCUACAUGAUUUCCAUAGGAAAGUACUUGGGCAUUUUUCAAAGAGUAAAGCUUGGAGUGCAAUGGACACCUUAGAAAAUCUCUUGCAUUAUUUCCUUACAUAAAAACAUAUAAAUGGCCAUGUAGCCAGCUGCCUGCCAAAUAACACAUUUUAUUUUUAAAGAAUGUACUUUAGUUGGCCAGUAUAAUCAUAAACCAAGUGUUUUAAGACAUGGUUGAAAUAAUUUCUGAAAAUUCUUUGCAGACCACUUAGAAAAUGCUAAGAAAUUUUUAUGAGAAUUAGACUUUCCAUAUACUCUUACCUAUAAACAGUUACUAUAACAACCAACAUAAGGCAAUAGCUGACUUUAUUCCUUCACUUAGUGAUGGUCUAUGUACUAAAUCUACACAACUAUGUUUUAUUAGAAUAGACACUAAAACAGAAAGUCAAAAAAAUAAAUUGAUCCAAAAGCUAAAUAAAAUAAUGUUAUAAAGUUAUAGGAUUUCACAUUUGGGUUCUUUUGUUUUCUAAUAUAUCUAAGGAUCAUCUGUUAACACUAUUUUGUAUUGAAUCUGUACACUUCUAUAUUAAUCCUGGAAAGUGAUUUAGUUUGUCUUGAAAAUAUCUCUACGUGGCUCCCUUUUGAAAGAAAAUAAGUAUAGUAAGGGGAGAAUGAGAUGAGUUGAAAGGAAAGAAAAGUAGAAAAGAGAGAAGAGCUUGCAUUUGAUUUCUCUUCUAUACUUGAUCUAUGAAAUUACUGUAGCCAUUAAGUGCAAUAAAAUUUAUAACUGGGAAAUUUAAAUGACAAGUCAUUGAUCAGCUCAUUGUGACUUUACAUUUGAUAUGUUUCUUAAAGUAUGAUGAAAAGUGUUACUUCAAAACAAUUACUCUCACAUUUAUUUCUGUAUAAGUUAAUAUAAUGAAGCCUAAUAUUUUAUAACUGUAUAUGCUUAUCACAAAAGUUAUCUUCCUAUAAAGUAUUAUCUUCUUUCUGUGUUUUGUUUAACUGUAUUUUUAUGUAAUUAUAAGGAGGUAUCUAUUAUUGGCCUAGCAGUGUUAAAAUAGUAUGAAUUAAUUUUUAAUAGAGUACAGUUUAUCCUUGAACAACACACAUUUGAACUGUGCAGGUUCACUUUUAUGCAGGUGUUUUACUCAAUUUACUACAUAACAUGCAGCUGAUGGAUCUGGUGGAUCUGGUGGAUGCAGAACCAUGGAUAUGGAGGGACAAUUGUAAAGUAACACACAGGUUAGACAACCCUAACCCCUGUGUUG